AUGGAUUUCCCCGCCUAUCCCAGCUUCGUCACUCCGUGGGCUCACUCCCUUCUCUUUCCGGACGCCACAACCCUCAAGCGCAAAGCGGAUAGCGAAACGUCCACCAUUCUCGACUCCAUGUUACCACCUUUCCUCGCCAGCCCACAGAAGCGCCUCCGCAUUCCCGAGACUAGCUUUUCUGGCGUGAAGUAUUCGCCCUCCGCCACUCCCAGUUCAGUCUUUUCCGCCUUCGACGGGGAGUUCCAAGCCUUGCCUCCGCUAACCCCGUCUUCCCCAACAAGCUCUCCCCUCACCUCUCCGCCGAUAUCCCCCCUCUCCUCCGGGACAGCCACAUCCGCUCUCACCUCUUCCUUCUCUCCCCGCGCAUCCCCCGCGACCCCUGCUUCCCCUGCCGCGACCCCCCUCGCGCUCCCCCGGCGCCUCAAGGGCGUGCGGCAGCGCAAGUGGGGGCGGUGGGUGACGGAAAUCCGCUGCCCGCGCACCAAGAUGCGCGUGUGGCUGGGCUCCUACGCGACGGCGGAGGAAGCGGUGCGCGUAUACGACAUGGCGGCGCGGAUGAUCUUCGGCGAAGUUGCCUCGAAGGUCACACUCAACGAACCCGACGUGGCCCCGCGUCCCGUAACCGUUGCGAAGAGCAUCGCCGAGGCGCUAAUCAAGGUUGCGCGAGCCAGCAGCGGGAACGGCGAUGCGACCGUUGACUUGUCCGCGUUUCGCGGAGAUAUGGCGUGUCUGGAGGUUGUCGGGCAGAACGUGGUGGUGUCUGAAUGCCCUUUCGCGCCGCUCGCGCUCACAGUCGCACCGAGCGCUCAAGGCGAGACUUGCCUCCUUUCCACCUUCGACGGCGAGUUCCAGCCGACCAUGUUGACCGCGUUGACCGCGUCUCCUCAAACAACCUCUUCGCUUGCCUCUCCGCCGAUCUCCCCGCUCUCCUCCCCGGGUUACUCAUCCGCACUCGCGUGCUCCCCCGCUCACCCCUCGUCUCCCGCGCCCGUCGCUGCCCCCGCCGCUUUCCCCGCGCUCCCCCGCCGCCUCAAGGGCGUGCGGCAGCGCAAGUGGGGGCGGUGGGUGACGGAGAUCCGCUGCCCGCGCACCAAGACGCGCGUGUGGCUGGGCUCCUACGCGACGGCGGAGGAAGCGGUGCGCGUAUACGACAUGGCGGCGCGGAUGAUCUUCGGCGAAGCUUCCUCGACGGUCCCUCUCAACGCUCCCGACGCGGCCCCACGUCCCGUGACCGUCGCGAAGAGCAUCGCCGAGGCGCUCAUUAAAGUUGCGCGAGCCAACAGCGGCGAAGGCGAUGCGACCGUUGACUUGUCCGCGUUCCGCGGCGACAUGGCGUGUUUGGAGGUUGUCGGGCAGAACGUGGUGGUGUCUGAAUGCCCUUUCGCGCCGCUCGCGCUGGAAGUGACGCCGAACGGCCAUGACGAGACUUGCCGUCUUCCCAAUUGUGAGACUUCCGCGUCAACGAGCGCUGAUUGCGAGAUUUAUCUGCAGAAGCAGUCGGACGCAGCGGCUAUUAGUACUAACGGAGUGGUUGAUAACGAGAAAUUAUCCGCUUCCGACGUCCCGUCCGCGCUCUCCCUCAUUGAGGAGCUUUUCAGCGACAGCUUCUGCGGCGUCCUAGCGACCCCUGCGACAAUGUCGCCCUCUGUCUGCGACCUGGGCGAUUUUGAGAUCCUCGAGAACGUCUCCGGCCUCUGGGGGGAAACCUUUUGA